CAGAGAAACAAUCCACUCUCUCUGUUUGGAAAAAAAAAAGUACUUAGAGAGGAAGAUCAAGAAAAGAGCCAGGGAGACCAGAGCUUCCAGGUGCUUUGCCCCUAGUUAAAAGCCCUGUAAGAAGUACCUCUCCCUGCCUGGAGUCAGUGAAGUCGAGUACCCUGCCUCUCACACUUACUCUCUCCCUCUCCCUCUCUCUCUCUCUCCCUCCUACUUUCCACCCUGUGAGAGUGCACAGAGAUUCAGAAGGUGCGUCUGAAAUCUACUUGUAUCCAGCUUGGAGACUACACCACGAAGACUUUUUUUCCAUUUCACUGCGAAAGCAUAUGGACUUAAUUUUCGCAAGAGACAGAAAUAAGAACAAAUACCAGACUGGCACCUGCAAUUGACAACAAGAACUUUCCAUUUUUUUUUUGCUCUUUCAUCUGUGCAUAUGCAAACAAUAUUUGACUGUGACCAAGUGCCAAGAAAUUCCCAAGACUUCUCUGUUUGAAUGGUUCCCGGUACAUCUUUCUUACUUCUCAAGAGAUGACUGUCUGAAGAAGAGGCGCAGAAAAGAAACCACCUGCAGAUAUUACCUGCCGAAGAAAUUGAGGGUUCCCUAAGAAUCUUCCUUAAGCUGAAGGGAGAGUUUUGAAGCUCGUAACCCCAACGAUCAAUGACAAUGCUGGCUCUGCCCUUUGUCCUGCUAACACUGGUGAACCAUGUCCUGGGUGGAGGUUACGCCCCAAUGCCUCAGAUGAAAUACGCGCAGCCCGUGAUGAAGGGGCCUGUUGGGCCACCCUUCAGAGAAGGCAAAGGCCAGUAUCUUGAGUUUCCACCAAUGAUGGACGUAAAAGGGGAGCCAGGUCCUCAAGGGAAGCCAGGGCCAAGUGGACCUCCUGGGCCUCCUGGAUUACCAGGGAAACCAGGGUUAGGAAAGCCCGGUCUCAACGGUCCACCAGGUCCUCAGGGGCCAGCAGGAUUUCCUGGAAUUGGAAAGCCAGGACUACCUGGUUUACCAGGAAAAAUAGGGCCUAAAGGACCUCCAGGACUCAAUGGCGAGGUUGGACCUCGUGGAGAGCCAGGUCCACGUGGACUGCAAGGUCAGCCAGGCCCGCCUGGGCCAGCAGGUCUUUCAUUGAAUGGUAAACCAGGGUUACCUGGGAUUAGAGGCCCUCCAGGGUCAAUAGGUGAACCAGGGCUAAAAGGGGGACGUGGCAUUCCUGGAGAACGGGGACUCAAAGGGGAAAAUGGCAAUGGGAAGCCAGGUCUACCAGGCCCCAGGGGGCUAAAUGGCCUUCAAGGACCUCCGGGAGCUCCAGGUGCCCCUGGGUUGGGUAAGCCAGGACUUGAUGGGCUACCUGGGCCAACAGGGCCAAAGGGAGAUAAAGGAGCUCCAGGGGAACAAGGUGUCCCAGGGGAAGCAGGACCUCCUGGGCUACAAGGACAGCCAGGGCCACCUGGGUUGGGAAAGAAUGGGCUUGAUGGUAUUCCUGGUAAUCCAGGAUUGAUAGGCCCUAAGGGUGAGGCUGGCCCCAGAGGAACACCUGGCUUUCCUGGACCUCCAGGUUAUGGUAAACCAGGGCUUGUAGGACAGAAAGGAGACAGAGGUCCUGCUGGAUUACAAGGAGCCCCUGGUAACAAAGGAGAACAUGGGAUGGAAGGUAUACCAGGAGAUAUGGGGCCAACUGGACAGCCAGGGCUUCCAGGUCCACAAGGUCCUAUGGGUCUUCCAGGGAAACAUGGUAUGUCUGGUUUGAAGGGAGAGGUUGGUCCACAAGGGCCACCAGGCUUGCCAGGACUAAGAGGAGAUCAGGGUCCCAGUGGGCUAGCAGGAAAACCCGGCCUCCCAGGGGAUAAGGGCCCUCCGGGUCUUAAUGGGCCUAUAGGCAAACCUGGGCCUAAAGGUGAAGCAGGUCACAUUGGUUUGCCAGGUAAUCCUGGUUUUAUUGGAGCAUCAGGUCCAAAAGGUGAGAAUGGGAUUACAGGACCCCCUGGGCCACGGGGAACUUCAGGAAUUCCUGGACUUCCAGGCCCCACUGGUCAUAUGGGACCACAGGGUGUGCCAGGGUUGAAAGGUGAACAAGGUCCACCAGGGCCACAAGGAAUUGGAAAGCCUGGAGACAAGGGGAUGCCUGGUCCACAAGGACCUCCAGGAAAACCUGGCUCUCCUGGACUUAGUGGUAUGCAAGGCCCUCCAGGUCCACCUGGACCUCCUGGGCCCCCUGGCCUAUCUAACGGUGAUAUAAAGCAGUUAGCAGUUCAAGGGCCAAAUAUUGGUGGAGAAUCAAUUCCGAAGCCAAAUGGUGAGAAACCACAAUUUGGUCAGGCUGAGCUCUCAGCCUCGGUUGCCCCUGCUUUUACUGCUAUUUUGACAACGCCAUUUCCACCAUCUGGAAUGCCUAUCAAAUUCGACAGGACUCUGUACAAUGGGCAAAAUGCUUACAACCCUGCCACUGGCAUCUUCACAAGCCCACUGCCUGGUGUCUACUAUUUUGCUUAUCAUGUACAUGUAAAGGGAACCAGCCUGUGGGUGGCACUGUAUAAAAACAAUGUGCCAGCCACAUACACCUAUGAUGAAUACAAAAAGGGCUAUAUGGACCAGGCAUCAGGUAGUGCAGUACUGGAGCUGAAGGAGAAUGACCAGGUUUGGAUGCAGAUGCCCUCUGACCAAGCAAAUGGGCUCUACUCCACUGAGUACAUCCAUUCAUCCUUCUCAGGGUUCUUACUGUGCCCCACAUAACGGUCCAUCUUACCUGCAAGAUCCUUGCUCAAGUGCCCUGCAGUAACAUAUGUAAUAACAGCAGCUAGAUGACAGGAAAGACUUACUGAACAACAGAGAGGCCAAGUUCAAGGCAGAGGAUGGAGAAUUGAUGCUCUCUCUUUCAAAUGUCUGAUUUGAUCAUUGUUUUACUUUUAAGUGUUGUUAUUUUCUGCCUAUAUUAUAAUUUUAUUAUAACUGUUAUAUUUUUUGUUGUUGUUAUGAUGGUGUUAUUUUAUUGAUGUUGUUGUAGUUAUAGUUGUUUAUUGGAAUCAGACUAUUAAGUACUUUGCAACCAUUUUAAGACGUUCCCAUGCGACUGCACACUUUGCCAAAUUUUCUGACUCCCUUUGAGCUUCAUCGUGUUGACUCUGGGGAGGUGUGUUCCCCUGGCUGCAGUCAAAUUUGGUUCAAACACCAUUCUAUGUCCCUCAUAUAACACAGCUGGACUACUUUAUCAGUGCCACAUUUCACAAUUUUGAAUGCACACAUUUUACACAAAGAUUAUUUGUAUUCAGUAAAUACAUAUAGUGCUGUGCAAAAGUUUUAGGCACUUGUGAAAAAUGUUGUAUAGUGAAGAUGUCUUCAAAAAUAAUGCCAUAAAUAGUUUUCAUUUAUCAGUUAACGUCAUACAAAGUCCAGUAAACAUAAAAAAGUGAAAUCAAUAUUCGGUGUGACCACCUUUGCCUUUAAAACAGCACCAAUUCUCCUAGGUACACUUGGACACAGUUUUUCUUGGUUGUUGGCAGAUAGGAUGUUCCAAGCUUCUUGGAGAAUUCACCACAGUUCUUUUAUCUAUUUAGGCUGUCUCAAUUGCUUCUGUCUCUUCAUGUAAUCCCAGACUGACUCGAUGUUCAGUGGGGGGCUUUGUGGGGGCCAUGACAUCUGUUGCAGGGCACCCUGUUCUUCUAUUCUAAUCUUUUCUAUUUGCAAAAGUAAUGUUUGGGAGUCUAACAUUUAUAUUUCCUGUUGACACACUAAAGCUGAAGAUAUAAAUAACCAUCUUAAGACAAAUGCUUUUGUGAAACAUCUUAUGUGCCUAAGACUUUUGCACAGUACUGUAUGUAAUUUAAAGAAUAAUCCUCAGUUCCAUUUAGUUUUUCCUAUUAUUGCCAGAUAGGUGAAUCUGCUUAGUCAUUAGGGAAAUAUUUUAUUUUAUUUUUUACACUUGUGUACUAAUCUGUCUGUUUCUGCGACAACUACGUGGAGAGCAUUGUGUCUGAGAGUCUUUAAAGAGAAAAUUACUUGAUGAUUUAAUAAGUUAAUUUGUGCCAGGUUUAAAUCCAUAGUGAUACUGAAGGCCUCAAGAGGACUGCUGUACAACAGUGCCUGUAUUAACAAAACAAACAUGCAAUUUAUGUGACUCUAAUUCCAUGCUCUUAAAAUCAAAACGUGUCAAAGCUAAUGCACAUUAGUUAGCUUUUCAUCAAAAUCCUAGGAUACCCUACAGUACAUGGUGAGUAAGGGACUACUAAUGGGUUGAGAGUAGGAAGACAGCAUCUGAUUUCUUGCAACAAAUCAAAUCUCCACCAUAAAAUGCAAACUACUGCAUUGUGUACUCAAAACGUUUUACAUUCUCUCAUCAUAUUUUCCUCUCAUUGCUGCUUUCACAAUGGCACUCAUAUAAAAUAUGAUCUUGACUUUUUCUUGAGUGAAGUAAAAUGUUCUGCGCCUUACUAACAAGCAAAAUUUGGUUUUAAACUAAGAGACAUUUUAUACUAUUUGCUGGAGUCUCAGCUCUGUUGCAUUUAGAAACUAUUUUUUCCUGCAUAGAUUGACUUCUUCUUUACAUUUAACUGAUUUUCUUUUUCAUGCAUCUGAGAAUAGACUUACACUGUCUGGAUUGUCACCGAUAUGACUGACACCAGCAUGAGUCAAUGUCACCGCCUAAUCUCUAAAAGUGACAAAAUAUAAUACAUUUAUGAGGCUAUGAAAUUUGGAUACAUCAUGCUGUGAUAGCACCCCUCCGAUGGCUUUUAUGAAAGGUUAGAAUGUAAACAUACUCAAAGAAAUUAUUCCACACAUUUACUGAUGUGGAAAAUGACAAAUGACACUUGAAGUCCUUAUUUAUCAUAUUUAUCACACCGGUUGAAUGUUGCCUUUGAGUGUCACAGUAACAUAGUGGUUGUCAAAGUAAAGGAAUUAAUUUUACAAAAAAGGUUGUCACUGUUCUAAAUACUGAGUAUAACAUCAACUUAAAUCGCCUGUCAUCUUAUAUUACCUGGAUUUAUAGAAAGAAAGAAAGAAAGAAAGAAAGAAAAAUAAUUAUUUUUACUUUCAUUUUUUUAUUGAGGCCAAAAUGUGGGAUUAUAAAAUCUGAAUCAGACUGAAAGUGUCACUAUUUAAAUGCACUUACCUGCACUCACUGACUGAGCUUGCAACAUUUAAAUGACAAAAUGUUGUUUGCAGUCACUUUUGUAUGCAGCUUUGUAAUUAGCUCUUUCUAAUUUCAAUUUUCACUAAUGGGGGUGUGGGGGUGUAUCUGAUGACUUCCUUAUUGUAUAUUAACACUGUGACCAACAUUUUCUAUGAUAAGUGUAUACUGUUUGUGUGCAAUGGAUUUAGUAUUAUUUUAAUUCAUUGUGCUGCAAUAUCUCAAAACUGCUUUGACAUUGUUGCUUCCAUUUGUUGCUCAAAACAAACUAGAAAGAAAGCCUUGAUUCUGUUCCAAGGGAUAUUUGUUCACGAUCUAUCAAAUUUAAAUGAAACAACCAAUCCCAUUUGCACAUGAACUUAAUGAAGGCAUAUUUAUGCAUUUGUGAUCAUUCAAUAAGAAUGUCCAGCCAUCAAAAUUAUGAACACAAAUAACCUUAUAUUUAAUAACAUUGGGGAGUUAGGAGCAUUGUUGUCAACACACUACCAUUGUUUUUUCUUUUUCUUUUCUUUUUUUAUAAUGUAUGUAUCAGUCUAUAGGAUUUUUGUCUUGUACAUGGCUAUUGCAUUCACUUUAUGCAAUCCAUUUUGGGUACUGAAUGCACUCUUUUAAUUGAACAUUUUUGUCAACUGAAACUAAAUCUGCAAGUAAUUGACAGUACUGAUGCAACAUCAAUAAAAACUUUCU